AUGGUAGAAGUACAUAUAAAUGAACUAAGCAUCCAAGUUUAUACAUAUAUACCCAUGAUAUAGCAUCCAAUUUAGCUUAGGUAUGCAUUGGGAUCUAUCAGCAUCCAAAUAGUCCUUGAAACAUUUGUAGAGCUGAAAAAAAAAUCACUAAUACAAAGCAUUAAAACUAGCUCAUAAGGAUAAGAUUUAAUUAUUUUUCUUCUAAUAAAACUGUAUAUUAUAAUAGAUAAGGUUGAUAUAAAUGAGCUACCACUCGUGAUCAAAAGAAGCACAAUAAUAUUAUUUUAUUCUAAAGCCAUUUGA